AUGUUAACAUGACGUAAUGUUUUUUAACCUGAUCUAUCAUCCUUAAAUAAAAAAACUGAAAUUUAGAAAACCCUAAAACCCUAACCGGCCAAGUGACUGUAAUCAAAUCUCCGAUCAACGUUGAUGGCGUGCAAUGGCGCCGGCGGCUGUCAAUCCGGUUGCUACAAAGACGAAGAAACCACAUGCGACCAACCAACAACUGCUCCUUCAGAAACCGAUUCAAAGAGCUCUAGCAAUCUCUGCAUCAAGUGCAAGCUAAACGAUGUCGUUUCCGGCUACGGUGGAAUCGACGACGGUCGUUUCUGUGCCGAUUGCUUCAGAAGCAACUUGUUCGGCAAGUUUCGUCUCGCCGUCACAUCAAACGCUAUGAUAUCUCCCACCGAUAAGGUACUCGUUGCCUUCUCCGGUGGCCCUUCUUCCAGGGUAGCUUUGCAAUUUGUGCAUGAUUUGCAAGAGAGGGCUCAUAAGAAUUUUGAAGCUAGUAGAGAUAGGUCAUUGCCUGUGUUUGGUGUUGGAGUUGUGUUUAUUGAUGAGAGUUCUGUUUUGUCGAUUCCGUCUCAUGAAAUGGAAGAGGCAGUUGAAGUUAUUAAUUUGAUUGUGUCGAGUUUAGCCCCACCGAGAAAGGAGUUGCAUUUUGUUCCUAUUGAGACUGUUUACUCGUCGGAUUCUAGUGAUGGAAAGGAGAGGUUAAUUGAGCUGAUGAAUGUAGUGAGUGAUCCUACUGGUAGGGAGGAUAUGUUGCUUUCUCUGCGAAUGGUUGCCUUGCAAAAGGUGGCUUCGGAAUUUGGGUAUAACAGGAUUGUUCUAGGCUCGUGCAUUUCAAGGAUUGCUUCUCAUGUCAUUUCAGCCACUGUUAAGGGUCAAGGAUAUUCAUUACCUGCUGAUAUACAGUAUGUUGACGCUAGAUGGGAAAUUCCAGUUGUGCUUCCUCUACGUGAUUGUUUUGCCCAAGAGAUCAACAUGUAUUGUCGUCUUGACAGUCUAAAGACUAUUAAGCUGUCUACAUGUCCGAGUUCUAGCAUUAAUAGCUUGGUCUCAUCUUUUGUGACUUUAUUGCAGGAAGAGAACCCAUCUCGAGAAAGCACAAUUGUAAGAACAGCUGGGAAACUUAUUCCCUUUCAUUUCAAUAGGAUUCCCGAGAUCAUUGAUGGCAAUGUUCCAUUGGCAACUCGAAGACGCCAAAAGAGAUAUAAUCUCAAAUCCAAUGAAUCUGUUUCUUCAGAAUCUUUCUGUCCUCUCUGCAAUAGCCCGCUUGACAAAAGUGAGAUUGUUGAUUGGAGCAAUCACAAUAACUGCAGAAGUAGCGACACUUUUUAUACUUCUUGCUGUUCAAGUUGUCAGUUUCAGAUACUUCCAUCAGAUUCCACAUCCAUGGAGAAAUUUUACACGGAUUUACCUCAUUCAAUGGUUGCCCGGGCAAACAAAGUCAACAAUGAUAAAUUGAAUGCACUAAGGGAACAAAUACAAGAUUGCUUGCUUUCAGAUGGUGAAGAUGAAACUUAAGUUUAAUUGCCUACACGGAGAGACUCUCAGUUAAAGGGAUAAAUCCUGUUUGUGGUAAAUUUACAGUUUGAGUGACAUAUGAGAAUGCAUUACUUUUUGCCUCUUGCAAUACCAAGAGGGUUAUGGAAUUUAACCUCUUAGCUAUGGUGGUGUUGGUUCUCUUUCUUAACAUUUGUGAGAAUAUUUAAAGUAUAAUGGUUUUUUGCAUUGGUUGUAUUUUUAUGGGAAGUGUUGAACCACGACAAUAAAGAGUAAUUAUUUUGAAUUUUCUGAUUA